AUGGUGCCCACAUUUCUGCGCUCUGUGGGAACAAGCCUGGACUGGCCAGGAGAUGUCGGGAAAUGCACCGUUCCAAUGUCAGCGCGUGACAGCCUCGAGUUGUUCAUCACCCCACCAUCAGCUCCGCCAACUGUUCAGUCUUUGGUGGACCGACAUUUCACGCUGGUGCUUGCGAUGGCGUUUCUCCCGCAACAGCUUCAGACCUUCCUCACUUUUUUGUAUAACACCGAGGAGCUCAUGGAGAGGGUGUACAAGUGGCACAAGUCCGUGGUGAGAAAGGAAUGGGAGGCGAAGGGCUCCCCGGCGCCGGACGCAGACCACGUGGUCGGCAGGCGUGAUUUAGCGCAGCUCGGCGCGAAGGUGGAGGAGGUCGGCCGCGGUGAGCCCGUCAACCUGGACAAGGACCUACCCAAGGGAAGGAGGCGGAAGUCUGAGUUCCAGGCGAAGAUAGAAUGGGACGUCAUCGACGAGGCUUGGCGGGUGAUACAUCCUGAAGUGGAGGAGGCUGCCCUCCGCACGGAUUGGAGCUUCACGACCAUGGGGGGCGGCUACGACCGACUCAACAGCAUCAUGAAGAAAACCGGGGCCUCCGAAGCGCUGAAGCAAGCCGGGCUCAAGGAGGGCGAGGAGGUGAUCGUUGGCAAGCAAAAGUUCUCCUACAACCCCGAGAUGAUCGGCAAGGAAGCCAACAUGCUCUAUGGCCAACUUGAGCUGAAGGUUGUGAAGGAGGAGGAAUACAAGAACCCGUUCCGUGACUAG